AUGGACCUCUCCUCGCUCGAGGUUGAAGGCGUUGACGUCCCCUCUCGCCCUCUCUUAGCCAUAACGUGGGAACCACUAAAUGUAGACCGACCGACAAAUCCAGACGGGAUCAAAGAUGUCAUUAUGGUUGAAGCAGAGUCGUCUGUCCUUAUGGAGUCACCGAACGCAGUGUCCGCUCCCGAUUUAGUUCCAAUGUCCCAGCCAAAGCCAUGGAUUCUUCUUUCAACGAGCCAGAUCCCGUACCACCCAGAAUCACAGCCGCCUCUACCCCUAGAGGUCUUCGAAUACAUCAUCGACAUCAUCGCAGAAGAACUCACGCAUGUCAAUAGGUAUCACAACCUAUUGGCCUGCGCGCUUACCUGCCGUGCAUGGUACCCGCGGAGUCGGACACGCCUCCUCGAGGACAUCACCAUCGAUGAGCGUUGGCAGCUGGUCGGAUUCACGCGUAUGCUCAAGACCCGACCAGCGCUCGCACAGCGCAUAUACGGACUCUGCAUCUCGGGGCGGCGCCAGGACUUGAUGAGAGAAGAUCCACGCAAGUCGCACUCGCCGAGUACAUCACCUCUUGUCCAGUUCCCCCUUAUGCUCGCGCGCAAGCUGCCAAGCCUCGAGGCCCUGACGUUCGACGAUAUCUAUUUUGUGGACGAGCACGACCCGAGCUUCGUCGGCUGCUUCCGUUGCCUAUCUGAGUUCACCUCGGUGACCAAGCUUACGCUCACCGGCGCGCACUUCACGUCCCCUCUGCCACUUAUGCGCCUCCUGUCCUCCCUGCCCAACUUGGCAUGGUUUUCGUGUGGCGCCGUCAUGUUCCUCGAUCUUGCGCCUGGUCCGAACACCGUUGUUCUGCAGUCAGCAUCUCGUAUCAAGCUAUCGUACUUAAGCAUGGGGCCUGGAACCACAGACGUACGAACCAUCAUCGACUUGUUGACGGAGACCGGCAUGGUCAGUAGCAUAACGCGUUUCGAUACAGAUGCGAACGGUCAGUUCUCCAUCGAACUCAUGGAGGAAGCCGGAAUAUUUCGAAUUCUCGAGCUUGCCGCACCAUCCCUCAAGGAAAUACGACUUCAUCUGUUUGCGUCUCAUCACGUCACAGAGACUGCAAACCGGGUUGUUGAAGAGCGUGCCAGAUUGUUCAUACCAGCGCUUCGCAUCCUCUCCAUAACCCUCGUUCCCUAUCUCUCGAUGUCUGCCACUCAUAACAAUUGGGUCGUCAACCUAUUUUCCAAGAUCCCAUCUAACAAGGUGUUGGAUGUCGUCCUUUUGAUCAAGCCGGGCAACAGGACUGCGGCCAACGUCUUCGCCAUAUUCGACGCGGAGCAGUGGUCCCUGAUCGAUGAAAAACUGUCUCGCUCUCUGGCCCCAUCACGCUCGAAGGGUCUCAAGGUAGAGAUGGACGUCAUGGACAAGAAUGCUGCAAGUAGACGUCUUGCAGAUGAGCUGCGUGAAGGCGCAUUGGCUCGCUUACCGAGGCUGCAUUCUCGACGGAUGUUAACGUACGUGUUCCCGUUGCCAGCUUUUGUCGUUGUCACGUAA